AUGCAGAUUGUGUUCACUAUCAACCGGACUGUGCAUAAAGUCAAUAGUAGUGCCGUCCCGAUUGACACUUCCCUCGGCACGUACCUGCGCUACCAUGCACAGCUCAAGGGCACCAAAUUCAUGUGCCGUGAGGGCGGAUGUGGCGCGUGUAUCGUCAAUAUCAGCGGCCAACACCCCAUCACGAAGAGCAUCACUUCGCGGGCAGUUAAUUCGUGUCUCUUCCCGCUGUUUUCCUGCAACGGGCUGGACAUACUGACGGUCGAGGGAAUCGGCAAUAAGCUGAAAGGCUACCACGCCGUCCAGUCGCGGUUGGCGCACUUCAACGGCACGCAGUGCGGGUUCUGUUCGCCCGGCAUGGUCAUGAAUAUGUACAGUCUCUUGGAGGCAAACGGUGGCCACGUGACGAUGCAAGAGGUGGAGAACUCCUUCGGUGGUAACCUGUGCCGCUGCACCGGUUACCGAUCGAUCCUCGAUGCGUUCAAGUCGCUGGCGAUCGAUGCUGACGCAAGUCUACUAGAGGUGUGUGCGGAUAUUGAAGAUGUUCCGAAAAUUUGCCCCAAAAGCCAAACCGGUCGUAGCUGCCAAGGUGCGUGUCCCUGGGCGGCCCGAAGCGAAGAAGCGAACGAUAUUCACCUCACGUUUGCCGGUGGCCGAGAGUGGUACAAGGUGGAGAAUGUUCAAAAGAUUUUUCAGAUUUUCGACAAAAUUGGCUCCAAGUCGUACAUGCUGGUCGGCGGAAAUACUGCUACCGGUGUCUAUCGGCGAUCGCCCAAACUGGACGUGUUUAUCGACAUCAGUUCCGUUGCCGAUCUGCGAGUUAACUUCUUCAAUGACGCACUAAUAAUCGGAGCCAACGUAACGCUAACGGAGUUCAUGGUGAUGCUGGACGAGGCAAGUGACCACGACGGCUACGAGUACUGUCGCGAGAUUAUCAAACAUCUGGACCUGGUCGCCAACGUGCCGGUGCGAAACGUUGGAACGGUGGCCGGGAACUUGAGCAUCAAACAUCAGCACGCCGCCUUUCCGUCCGAUGUGUAUCUGUUGCUAGAAGGAGUUGGUGCUUGCUUGACGAUUGCCACUUCCGCCGUCACCAGCGAGAUCGUCACAGUAGCAGACUAUCUGUCGUUGAAUAUGCAUAAAAAGAUCAUUCUGAACGUGCUGCUCUAUCCAAUCGAUCCCGCUCAUACCUUGCUCCGGACGUACAAAAUUAUGCCCCGAGCGCAGAACGCACACGCCUACGUCAACGCAACCUUCCUGCUCAACAUCCAGCAUACGAUCGUAAAGUACGCAACGAUCUGUUACGGUGGCAUCAAUCCGACCUUCACACACGCCAAGGUCCUGGAACUGUUCCUCGCUGGUAAAAACAUUUUCGAUGAGACUGUGUUUCAGCAAGCCUUAGCCGUGCUGGAGGACUCACUGGAACCCGACUGGGCACUGCCGGAUGCGUCGCCCGAGUUCCGGAAACAGCUCGCCGUGUCCCUGUUUUAUCGUGCCAUAAUGGACAUCGCGCAGGAGCGAAACAUACCCGUUAAUCCGUUCUACUCUUCCGGUUCAGAAAAGGUGGAACGUGCGCUGUCUUCUGGCCAGCAAAGCUUCGACACGGUGCAAGCAAACUGGCCAAUGACACAGUGCAUCCCCAAGGUGGAAGGAUUGGCUCAAACCGCAGGAGAAGCGGAUUACAUAGACGAUCUACCGAACCAACCGCGUCAACUGUUUGGUGCGCUCGUCCUCGCGACGAGCCCACGCUGCAACAUCCUUGCCAUCGAUCCUACCGAAGCACUGAACCGACCCGGUGUGGAAGCGUUCUACUCGGCAAAGGAUAUACCCGGCUCGAACAAUUUCAUGCCGCCCGAGCUGGGCAAUGAGAGGAUCGAGCAGAUCUUCUGCAGUGAACGAGUACUGUACCAUGGUCAGCCGGUGGGGAUCAUUCUUGCCGAAACAUUCGAUGAAGCGUACCAAGCGGCGAAGCUGGUCAAGAUCGACUACAGUCCGCCCGAUGGUCAACCCAUCCUACCGACCGUACAGGAAGUGCUGAAAGCGGGCGUUACCGAGCGCAUCCACCGGAGCGAUGAAGUGCAGAUCGGAGAACGAUAUGAAACGGGCAAAGGCGCGGUUAGUAUGCGCGGGAGUUUCGACCUUCCAAGUCAGUUCCAUCUCUCAAUGGAGUCGCAACAGUGCGUGUGUAUUCCGAUCGAAGACGGCCUGGAUGUCUACAGCUCAACUCAGUGGGUCGACAUUUGUCAGAUAGCGAUCGCGAGAGCCCUGCUCGUGCCGGAGAACAGUCUCAACUUCCGCAUCCGCCGGCUGGGUGGGGCUUUUGGGUCGAAAAUAUCGCGCGCAUCGCAGGUGGCGUGUGCGUGUGCCAUCGCGGCCCACUACAGCCAGCGUCCCGUUCGACUGAUCAUGUCCCUGGAGGACAAUAUGGCGGCCAUCGGAAAACGGUCGGCGUGCGCCAGUAACUACGAGAUCGAGGUCGACGAACGGGGUAAGGUGAAGCGGCUGCUAAACGAGUUCUACCAGGAGUCAGGCUGUAGCCUCAACGAACCGGUGGAGAAGGUUACGUUUCUGUUCUACCGCAAUUGCUACGAUACCGGCAGCUGGAAGGUGGUGGGUCACAGUGUGUUGACGGAAUCGGCAAGCACCACGUACUGUCGGGGUCCCGGCACAAACGAGGGUAUCAGUAUGGCGGAGAACUUUAUGGAACACAUUGCGUUCCGGCUCCGGCUGGAUCCGCUAGCGGUGCGAACGGAAAACCUCCCGGACGACAGUAUGAUUCGUCAGUUGAUGCCCGAGUUUGCGAAGGACGUGGAAUAUGAACGACGCCGGACGGAAAUCGAUCAAUUCAACGCAUCCAAUCGAUGGCUCAAACGUGGCAUUUCGAUCGUGCCAAUGCGAUAUCCACAGUACUUUGUCGGUACCCUGCACGCGCUGGUGUCGAUCUACCACGCCGAUGGAACUGUGGCCAUAACCACCGGCGGCAUUGAUAUGGGGCAGGGAGUGAACACUAAGGCUACGCAGGUGGCGGCCAGCACGCUGGGCAUUCCGGUGAACAUGAUCAAGAUGAAGGCGAUGGCUAACAUUACCUCACCUAACGCGAUCGUGUCCGGAGGAAGCAUGACCAGUGACGCCGCCUGUUACGCUGUAAAGAAAGCCUGCGAAAUGCUCAACCAACGCAUCGAUCCCGUCCGGCUGCAGCAUCCCGACGCAGGCUGGGAAAGGAUCACCCAGCUCUGCCACCAGCAGCACGUCGAUCUGUGUGCCCUUUACCAGUACAACGUGACCGAAAUGCAACACUACGUCGUCUGGGGACUAACGUGCUCCGAAAUCGAGGUAAACAUCCUGACCGGCAACGUGCAGAUUAAUCGUGUCGAUGUGCUGGAAGACGUAGGCGAAAGCAUCAACCCUGGCAUCGAUAUCGGCCAGAUCGAGGGUGCGUUUGUGAUGGGCAUCGGGCUCUACUUUACCGAAAAGCUUGUGUACAGCAACGACUCCUCCGGUCAACUGCUAACGAACCGCUCCUGGAACUAUAAGCCGCCCGGUGCGAAAGAUAUUCCCGUCGACUUUCGGGUAAAGUUCCUGCAGCGAACGCACAACGAAAACUUUGUCCUGCGCUCCAAAACGACCGGCGAACCGGCGCUCAACAUGACUGUUUCGCUCCUGUUUGCCCUACGUAUGGCGCUAAAUUCGGCACGCCGUCAAGCUGGACUUCCGGACGAGUGGUACUCUAUUGAUGUACCGGCUACGCCAGAGCAAAUUUGUCUUCUCUCAGGAAACACGAUCAACCAAUUUAAGCUGUCGUAGAACGCUUUUUUAUUGUGC